GGUUGGGUCGCCAUUUUGUUUCUUGGACUAGGAGAGGCGGUACGCAGGGGCAAUUGGUGGGUUAGUUAGUUGGUUAGGGGGUCCUUGGGGCUCAGCAAAAGAACGGAAGAAGAUAGGGGGUGGGUUGGGAAGGAAAGACUCGAGGCUGCCUCUCCUCCCCCUUCAUAGGGACCUUUUAAUUGGCCAUGUCUGGAGAAACUCCCGCCGGCGAUCAGGCUGCUGAAUAUGUCCCAGAAAAAGUAAAGAAAGCUGAAAAGAAACUAGAAGAAAAUCCAUAUGACCUUGACGCUUGGAGCAUUCUCAUUCGAGAGGCACAGAAUCAACCUAUAGACAAAGCACGGAAGACCUAUGAACGCCUUGUUGCCCAGUUCCCAAGUUCUGGCAGAUUCUGGAAACUGUACAUUGAAGCUGAGAUAAAAGCAAAAAACUAUGACAAAGUAGAAAAGUUGUUUCAGCGGUGCCUUAUGAAAGUUUUACAUAUUGACCUGUGGAAGUGCUACCUUUCAUAUGUACGAGAAACCAAAGGGAAGCUACCCAGUUAUAAAGAAAAAAUGGCUCAGGCGUACGACUUUGCUCUGGAUAAAAUUGGCAUGGAAAUAAUGUCAUAUCAGAUCUGGGUGGAUUACAUAAAUUUUUUGAAAGGCGUUGAAGCAGUAGGAUCCUAUGCAGAAAACCAGAGGAUAACAGCUGUCCGCAGGGUUUAUCAGCGUGGCUGUGUGAACCCAAUGAUCAACAUUGAACAACUCUGGCGAGAUUAUAACAAGUAUGAAGAGGGAAUAAAUGUUCACUUAGCUAAGAAAAUGAUUGAAGAUCGCAGUAGAGAUUAUAUGAAUGCUAGACGUGUGGCCAAGGAAUAUGAGACUGUAAUGAAAGGUCUAGACCGCAAUGCCCCCUCUGUUCCACCACAAAAUACUCCCCAAGAAGCUCAGCAAGUAGACAUGUGGAAGAAAUAUAUACAGUGGGAAAAGAGCAAUCCCUUACGUACUGAAGAUCAAACCCUCAUAACGAAAAGAGUAAUGUUUGCAUAUGAGCAAUGCCUGUUAGUGCUGGGACAUCAUCCAGAUAUCUGGUAUGAAGCUGCACAGUAUCUUGAACAAUCCAGCAAGCUACUAGCUGAGAAAGGGGAUAUGAACAAUGCUAAACUUUUCAGUGAUGAAGCUGCAAAUAUUUAUGAAAGAGCAAUCAGCACUUUACUAAAAAAGAAUAUGCUUCUUUAUUUUGCAUAUGCAGACUACGAAGAGAGUCGGAUGAAGUAUGAAAAGGUGCACAGCAUAUAUAACCGGCUCCUGGCUAUCGAAGAUAUUGAUCCCACUUUGGUAUACAUUCAGUACAUGAAAUUUGCAAGACGAGCAGAAGGCAUAAAAUCGGGUAGAAUGAUAUUUAAGAAGGCACGAGAGGAUGUCCGGACCCGCCACCAUGUCUAUGUUACAGCUGCUCUGAUGGAGUAUUAUUGCAGUAAGGACAAGUCAGUGGCCUUUAAAAUCUUUGAGCUAGGGUUAAAGAAAUAUGGAGACAUUCCAGAGUAUGUCUUGGCGUACAUCGAUUAUCUUUCUCAUCUGAACGAGGACAAUAAUACAAGAGUCCUGUUUGAACGUGUAUUGACCUCAGGGAGCCUCCCACCUGAGAAGUCUGGAGAAAUCUGGGCCCGAUUUUUAGCUUUUGAAAGUAACAUUGGUGACCUGGCUAGUAUACUUAAAGUAGAGAAACGGAGAUUCACAGCCUUUAAGGAAGAAUAUGAGGGCAAAGAAACAGCUCUGCUAGUAGACAGAUACAAGUUCAUGGAUCUGUAUCCCUGCUCUGCCAGUGAACUCAAAGCUCUUGGAUACAAGGAUGUGUCUCGUGCAAAGCUAGCAACCAUGAUUCCAGAUCCUGUUGUGGCUCCUUCAAUAGUGCCUGUGCUGAAAGAUGAAGUGGACAGGAAGCCAGAAUAUCCAAAACCAGAUACUCAGCAGAUGAUUCCAUUUCAGCCAAGACAUUUAGCACCACCAGGUUUGCAUCCAGUCCCCGGUGGUGUCUUCCCAGUCCCGCCUGCUGCUGUAGUUCUAAUGAAGCUUCUCCCACCUCCUCUGUGUUUCCAGGGCCCUUUUGUGCAAGUGGAUGAACUCAUGGAAAUUCUUAGGAGAUGCAAACUGCCGGACAGUGUUGAUGAAGCUGUAAGGAUCAUUACAGGAGGCCUGCCUGAACUAUCAAUGGAAGGGAAUGGACCUUUGGAAAAUAAUGCCCUUCUCAAUAAAGCUGUCAAGAGACCAAAUGAAGAUUCAGAUGAUGAAGAGGAAAAAGGAUCAGUAGUUCCUCCUAUUCAUGACAUUUACAGAGCACGACAGCAAAAGCGGAUUCGGUGAGGCGAGUUGCAAAGACAAUGGCAGAAGACAAAGGACUUCUAACAGAAUUUUUUUCCUUCAACAGAUCAAACAUUUAAAAGGGAUUGCGGUUUCUAACAUGCAUCUUGCAACUGAGGUUGUUUUGUUACUGUGGUGCCUCUUUUUUACCAGCUGGUUCUUCAUCAAAAAAGAAAAAAGGCAGAUGAAUCUUAGAGUGAGCAAAUCUGAGCUCUGGCAAAAAUUAAGUUUUUGAUCAUAAACCAUACAAAAUGUCUGAAUUGCAUCUGGUUACUCUUCAAGUGUAUCCCCCAUAUACCACUUGAAAUCUUGUUGGGAUUUUGACAGUUUUAUUUUAAAAACUGGAUAGCUUAUAAUUGUGAAAUAUUUUAAAUUCACACUUCUGGAAAAUAAAGAGUUGUUCUCAGUUUGCUCAUGUAGUGUCUGUCCUGCCUUAUUCUUUGUUUUUUAUUUAUGGCAGAAUGAAUGGAAGCUGUUUUGUAGUUUAAAUGGAAGAACAUACCUUUCAAAUAAAGGAUCUCCAUAAUGUC